AUGAGUACUCUUAAGCUUCAGCCCUUACUUCUCCCCUUCGCUCGCAGGCAAAAUUAUUAGAAAAUCUCUAUUUUUGUAAAGUUUAAAAUUUUUUAAAAUAAAAUUGAUAUAUAUUUAAUAAUUGUAAUAAUAGGAUCUCCAGCUAAAUAUCUUAAUCUUUAAGUAAAUUCCAUCUUUGAAGCAUGCAUUUUAUUAAUUAAAUUAGUUAUUUACUAAUUUCAAAAGAAAUCAUAUAUAAAACAUGGGGAACUAGUAAAGACAGCAAUUUCAUCUCAAGAAGAAUAUGAUGCCAAUGCUCAAACAAUUGUAGAAGUAAUCCGACAGGCCAGCCAAGCUCAAGCAAAAGAUGUCAUAACAGCAGUUAAAAAAGCAAUUAAAGACAAGCAUGUCGAUCCGCCUUCAAAACUGCGAGCAUUAGAAUUAUUUGACCAAUGUAUGAUGACUUCAAACGUUAAUUUCUUGAGUUUUGCUCAAAAAAAGAUUAUGAGUCGGCUUACAAUUUUGGGUCGUCACAGAAAGCAAAGCGCAAAUCCAGAUAGAGGCAAUGACAUUUUUGGGCCAAUGAGCACUUCUUCUCCAGGAAAUCAGGAUGCUUCCAAAAGAUUUUUAGUGCUGUUAUUAAACAGAAUUCAAGCUUGGGCAUUAGCAUAUGGAAUGGGCCCAGAUGGGAAGCCAAGUCAAUAUUAUGUUUCUUACAAUACACUAACCAAAGAAAAAAGUUAGUUUAGUAUAGCCAUAAGCUUUUGCCUUGUCUUGGUUUAAAAAACAAUCUCGAAGGAAGAAAAAUAAAAGGCUGGCAUUUGGAUUUCUUGCCGAGCCACCUGUCAUGGUAAAAGCUCCUCUUGGCAGAGCCACUGUCUUUAGAGUGCCAGAUGGUCCUGGCAAGGGAAGACUAUGCUCUAUGCAAAACAUGUCUAGCCCAUGGGAUAACCUUCGGAGAAGAAAUAAAACGCUCUGAUUGGUAGGCUUACCAUUGAGAUGGUCUAUUGCUAUCUAGAAUCACCUGUCGUGCUGCCCACCGCUCCAAAAAGAAGUUUCUCAGAGUCCAAUCAGCGUCACCAUUUUAAUUCUAUUAAUCAAAGAAGGAGUUCAUUUCCCAAACCCACAAAAUCGUUCUCAAUCAGUAAAUAUCCCUGCCCUUAACUCUCAGAAUUAUCAACAUUCUCUGCCUUCUCCUUCUCCUCCGUCAGCUAGGCACUCAAUUUCCCAUCCGCAGCCCUCUCAACGUCAAAAAGAAAAGCCUAUAUCUGAAUUUAAAACUGAGGUUGACAGCAUGCUGAAUUUCUUUUCAGAGAUCACCCAAUAUCCAGAAGAUGAGAGAGAGACUCUAGAUGACAUUGCAAAAAACUUAGAUAAAACUCAAAAAGAAAUCGCUAACAGAAUUAAUACUGCUGUGAACUCAGGAGAUGAUAUUGGUGCUGGAGAACUUUUAGAAUUGAACGACAGAAUAACAUCAGCCUUAGAAACUUAUAAAAAUCUAAAAAAAGGAUCUGACUCAGAACAAGAGGUCGAUGAAGACAUUGUAGCAUCCAGACCUUUACAAGGCCCCGCCCCUGGGAUGUCUAGCAACCCAAACAAUGCUGCCCUGGAAAAAGAGCUUCAAGACUUAAGAAACGAAAAUAAGACCUUACUCCCCCCCAUCCUUGAUCGAACGACUCGCAAUCGUUCGAUCAAGGGUGGGGGUUAAAAAAAAAUUUUUUUGGGAAAAAAAAAAAUUUAUAUAUAAAAUAAAAUAUAUAUAAAUUUUGUUUUAUUUACUUUUAAAUAAGAGGGUUAAGAGUAUUUAAUAAUUAUUUUUACAGCAAAAAAUUGAUAUAUUUUAAUUUAUUAGUUACCCCUUUAAACUGUAUAAAUUUUAAUUUGUUACUUAUUAAAUUAAAAUUUGUUUUUUAAAAAUUUUUAAAAAAUCUCUAUUUUAUUAGAUUAUUGAGUUUUUAAGCCCAUGUUGAUGACUAAAUUACUUUGAAUGGUUGAUUUCGAAGCUUUCUAUCGUCUCAAAGUCUCUGAAAACAACUUCAUUAGGUACAUCUUCCCAAGCUUUUGAUAACUAUUAUAUUUUAUAUAUAUAAAAAAAUUUGCAUGAUAUGAAAUUCGUUCGAUCAAGGAUGGGGGUUAAUUUCCCCAAUUUUUAGGAAUUUUUACAGUCAAUCGUUCGAUCAAGGAUGGGGGGGAGUUAAGAAACGCUAUGCAGCUGCGCGAACAGAACUCCGUUGAUAAAUCCCAGCUUGCAAAGCUACAAGCAGAAAUAAAUAAACUCAAAAAAGAAAAAGAAGACUUGAGAGUUCAGCUAGCAGAAAGAGACCAACAGAUACAAAACUUAAGCGGAAAGGUCCAGCCAAGAGUGAACCCAGAAAUCCAGUUGCGGGUGGGCCAAGAAGAAGCCAAAUCUCCAAAGAAAGGCAAAGAGCCAGAUCCUUAUGAUUCUAUGAGCAGUGACAGCUCAGAAGAUGAAGCUCUAGUAAAUAACAUAGAAUUCUAUAAAAAGUGCAACCGAAAAAGCAAAGGGAUUUUAUACGAAAACCAAGAUGUGCAGAUUGGCAUUCAGGUCGCCAAAUCAAACGAUCAAGUUGUUGGGAUGAUUUAUAUAGGAAACAAAAGCUCAGACCCAAUCACUGAGCUAAUUACAGAAGUCCCUGACUACUCAAGGGAAGGGCUUACGAUCAAUGUCACGCCAAUAAGUUCUACCAAUAUCACGCCUCAAGGCUCACAAGAUAACAGAAGGCUAAAUGCAACAUCUACUCGAGUGACAGGCACAGUCCCAAAAAUGAAAAUCAGGAUUAGACAAGGCCACUUAAAAGAACUUUCUUUAAAUAUCCCAAUAACCUUAGCUAGAUUUCUUGAGUGUCCAGAAAUUUCUCUUAAUGAAAUUUUUGCGCAGUGGGAAAGGGUGGCUUCGACAAAUAGAGAAAUUUCAAUAAAACUGCAAAACCCCAGACCAUUAAAGAAAAUCGCCAAAGAUCUGUCAUUCAAUGGAGUUUUUCAGAUUUUGACUUCAAAUGAAGUAAGCACGUUUGCAGCGAAUCAGCUAUUUGGGGUAAGUCAGAAAGAGAAGCUUAUUUUUGUGAUGGCAGAGGUAGAUGAAGAGAAAAGGAUGGUCAGACUUGCAUGCAGAUGCGAAAUAAUCGAAUUGAGGAAUGCAAUAAUUCAGCUAUUGAAAGAACAGUUAACAGAAUACUAA